AUGAUGGACACCACUCACGCCUGGAUCCUUCUACCUGGUGCAGCCAUACUCCUGAUAAUCAGGAGCAUCUACAGGCUGUACUUCCACCCGCUGAGCCAUAUCCCGGGCCCUAAACUGGCGGCGAUUACCCACUUGUAUGAGUUCUACUACGAUAUCUGUGUUUCUGGUGGUGGAAGGUUCCUCCUCCAAAUCGAGAAACUGCACCGCAUAUAUGGCCCCAUCGUCAGAAUAUCACCACGGGAGGUCCACGUCAACGACCCCGACUUCUACGACGAGAUCUACACCUCAUCCAGCCGUCGACGCGAGAAAGAUCCCUCCUGGGUGCCCAUCUACUCAACCAGUACAUCCAUGAUAACCACCGUCGGACACGAACACCACCGCUUCCGACGUAACCUGCUAAACAACUUCUUCUCGAAACGCUCCGUCAUCGACUUAACCCCCAUGAUCCAGGGGCGUAUCAACAAGCUGAUCCAGCGAUUCGAAGAAUUCCACCACUCCAAGACCGUCGUCCAGCUGGAUGAUGCCUUUGCAGCCCUAACCGCCGAUAUCAUCACGUACUACGGCUACGGCAAGCUCUGGGGAUUCCUCGAGGAUAAAGACUUCCGUAGUGAUAUCCGCGCAGCCGCAACGGAGGUUAGUGGUAUGUGCCACAUUAACCGAUUCUUCCCAUUCCUUGACCCCCUUGUGCGCUCAACGCCAGGCUGGAUGGUGCGACUCUUGGCGCCGGGCAAGACGGCGGUGUUGGAUUUGCAGCAGUCAAUUCUGGAUGCGGUGAUGGACUCGGCGACUCAAGAGGCGAAGCCUGGUAAGGCGACGACGCUCGUUCAUAAACUCAUUGACCCGGAACUGCCGCCUGAGGAGCGCACAAAGAAGCGAAUAGAGGAGGAAAGUCUCAUCUUCCUAGCGGCAGGGACUGAGACCACUGGGCGCACGUUGACGAUUGCUUCUUACCAUCUGGCGCGGAAUAUGGAUGUGUUGGAGCGGUUGAGGGAGGAGGUUAAGACUGUUCUGCCGACGACCACGAGUACCUGCACUUUGUUGGAGCUGGAACGGCUUCCUUACUUGACGGCUGUACUCAACGAGGCGCUUCGUAUUACCACUCCGGCCAUGAACCGAUUCCCUCGUGUUGCUCCUGAUGAGACAUUAGUGUGCGGAGAGUAUCCAAUUCCACCAGGGACACCCAUGGGCUCAUCCCCCUUCCUCAUCCACCGCAACGCCACAAUCUUCCCAAACCCAGAGAAAUUCGACCCCGACCGGUGGAUUCGCACAAAUGGCAAGACUGCAACAGGGGAACGACUCGAUCGCUAUCUGACUGCAUUUACGAAGGGGAGCAGGGCGUGUCUGGGAAUAAACCUGGCCUAUGCGGAACUGUACAUGGCCCUUGCACAUCUCGCUCGCAGGGUGGAGUUUGGACUGCACAACACUGGGCCUGAGGAUGUUCAAAUAUGCAGGGAAUUUGUCAUUGGGUAUACGAAGCGCGCUGAGCCGCGUGUGUAUGCACGGGUGACGGGCGUAUUGCAGGACUGA